GUUAUGUGUGUGUGUGCGUGUGUGUGUGGUGGGUCGAGCCUACAGCGCGCCACCUCUCCAUCAGUGCGUGUGCACGAGUGUCCGCAUAGCUGACACUCGUGCUGCUCCUCUCCAGGCGCGCAGAACCAUCCACAAACUUUGAAGAGCUGUAACCUUCAACAAGGCAACAAAACGACCUGAAUUAUAACUUGGAUAAUACAUUUUUUAGAAUAUAUUUUACAGGGUGCGUCCGCUGAUUCGGGCUGAUCAAGUUGAGUAAACCUGCGAGCUUCAAAUUGCAGUGAUGUGUUUCACACACAGUGCGCGUUUUUCCUGAAAGGCUGGAGCUCCUGUGUAUUAAUUUCCGACUAUGUUUUGCAUGAUCUACCAGUGGCUCCGGAAACGAAGUGAAGUUUGUAAGGCUGUCAUGCUUUUACAGUAACGUGAUGAUGUUUUUUUUUUUUCAUUUUAAUCAGGAUUUAAGUGGUUUUCACGUGCGUUUUUCUGGCUCGAUGUCACCUUAUUUGCCCACCUUAAUAUUAUCAGCUACAUCACUGAAUGCCAUAUAAGCAUUUCUUUUAUUUAUCCGCUUUAAAGUAACAAACAGGUGUCAAAAUGGAAAGCACUCCAGUUGAAAUUUUCAAAGAAGACAGUAAGUGCCUCUCCAUGCUGCUGGAAGACUGUCCAGUGAAUUCUUCAGCCUGGGUGUCCGGAUACUCAGAGAGCCGCAACGUGACCCACGAUGAUAACUGGGAGCAGGAGGGCAUGUCUCCCAUCAUCCCCAUCAUCACUGCAGUCUACUCCGUGGUGUUUGUGGUCGGCUUGUUGGGCAACUGCCUCGUCAUGUAUGUGAUCAUCAGGUACACAAAGAUGAAGACAGCCACCAACAUUUACAUUUUCAACUUAGCGCUCGCUGAUGCCCUCGUCACCACCACAAUGCCCUUCCAGAGCACGGACUACCUGUUGAAUACCUGGCCCUUUGGUGAGGUGGUUUGCAAGGUCUUCAUCUCCAUCGACUACUACAACAUGUUCACCAGUAUCUUCACUCUCACCAUGAUGAGUGUGGAUCGCUACGUGGCAGUGUGCCACCCAGUGAAAGCCCUGGACUUCCGCACUCCGAUUAAAGCCAAGAUGAUCAAUGUGUGCAUCUGGAUCCUGUCCUCAGCUGCAGGGAUACCUGCAUUUAUUCUGGGUGGCACCCAGACGAAGAGCGACAUAACUGAGUGUGCCUUACAGUUCCCAGAGCCGUAUGUGUACUGGGACACGCUGAUGAAGAUAUGUGUGUUUGUCUUUGCCUUCGUUGUGCCUGUGCUCAUCAUCACCGUGUGCUACUCCCUCAUGGUCCUGAGGCUGAAGAGCGUCCGAAUGUUGUCCGGCUCACGGGAAAAAGACCGCAACCUGCGCCGGAUCACGCGGCUGGUGGUGGUCGUGGUGGCCGUGUUUGUGGUCUGCUGGACCCCCAUUCACAUUUUCAUCCUGGUUAAGGCGCUCGCGAGCGUGCCCGAAACCACCGCCAUUAUGGCCGCCUACUUCUUCUGCGUGGCUCUGGGCUACACUAACAGUAGCCUCAACCCUGUCCUCUAUGCCUUUCUGGAUGAGAACUUCAAACGCUGCUUCAAAGACUUCUGCCUCUCGGCCAAACUGAAGGGGGACAAGGUGUCAGGGAGCAAGAAGGCCCCCAGCACUGUGCGGGAGGCUGCUGUUCCCCUGGAGAAUGCAGAUGGGACUAGUAAGCCAUCAUGACUAGCAGUGGAACUGUCUUCAAUUUCCCACAUUGGAAAAGAAGACUCGCAUGACCUGGGCCUAACCCAUGUCACAUCAGCAAUGUAGACGAGUUUUGACUCUAUUACAGAAGUUAAUUUAUUUUCAUUAUCACGUGGGGUUUAACCAGUGCCAACACUGAUAUGAUUUCAUUUCAGAGAUCAAAUGAAAGUUACACAUUAUAAAUUGUAUUCGAUCUUUUCCAUAAAUCCACAUAGAAUCAAAAACACCAAGCUCCUCUGCAUGACAGUCACUUCGUCCUCUUCACUUUGCUGUGACUUUUGUCACUUUGAUUCAUUUUUUGCCCCUCAUGACAGUUGUUAUAAAGAUUGUGUAUUUAUUAUUUGAACAUGCUGGUGGAUGUGAACUUGAAGAGAAUUUGGUUUAAGCUGGAAAAAAGACCAAACGUGAUUAAAGUUUGUCUUUAACUGCAUCUAUUAUCAAACAAUUCCCAGUCCUGAAAGGACUGCUCAUUAAUUAUAUAGAUUACAAGUAUUCCUAUGAGUGGGGCGUCACCAAACCAUGUGGCACGUCCCAAACAAUAAAGCAUAAGAGGUAAUGAGAAUAUAAUGCCAAACUUUCUCAGGACUAUUUAAUGAAAAACUAGAAAAAUUGAUGAAAAGUGUAACAUUAUUGGCUCCUGUCAAGUUUCAUACAGUAAACUUGUUACAUCAGUGUUUUUUUAGUUUUAUGCUAAUUUAGUUGCACUUUGUUAAUGCCUUUCUCAAAUUUGAUUUAUUCCUGUCAUUUCCUCCCAUAAUUUUUCUAUUGCCAAAUGUGCCUUCAAUACUUUAACAGUCCAGGAUAACACAUUUGUAGCAGCGGAAAAUGAUUUCAGUAAUGACUACUGAAUGGGGUCAAACAGCACUUCAUGCAUACAGUGUUUUAAACAGUUAACGUGUCAGUGAUUAGUUGCAUGAAUCACUGACAGCAGAUAUGUGCCAAAAUCCUUUUCACCUCUGUGAAGAGUAUGAAUUGUGCACAAACUGAGAGACGUAACUCAUGUUGGACUUAAAGUAAACAGCACAACAAAAACAGCAACACUCAGUUGCAUCAAAGCACAUUUAUCAAUGAGAAAAGUUAAAGGGAAAUCCUGGACUUGAAUGUGCAUUUAAAAUUUGACAGAGGGCUCUCUAUCAGCUUUGACUCUGGAGUUGUUUCCAGUUUGAUAAGUUGUUCAAUAUUUGUUGUAUAACUCAAUGUUGUAUAACUCACAUGUGCUGUGUAUGGCUUUUACCAUGAUACACUUCCUAAUGAAAUACUCAUGCUAUUAUUGUAGAGAAAUGUUAUAUCAGUGCAAUCUGAAAACAUGAAUAGCUGUUUAAACAAGUUGUGCACAUGCUUAAAUACAGCUUAUUCUGUUAGCUGUACAGUAUGAUAGUAUGUAUAGAGUAUUUUGUAUAGAUAAAAAAAACUUUGCACAGACAUCAUUGAAAUAUACUGUAUUAGUAGCAUGUCAGUGAUCAUUGCUAUGAGUUUAAUGCAACAUCGGCAGCCUAUAUGCUUAAUGAACUGUGCUGUUAUUUUGAAUGUACUGCAAAUAGACUGAAUAGUAUUAUAUAAACAUAUGAUUACCCAUAGUAUAAACUCAUCUAUCUCAUUAGAGCAGAACUUCAGCUAAUAUUUAAGUAAUUUAUUAAUAAAAUCCUAAUCCAUAAACACUCAUGUCCCUAAACCAGAGCUUUGCGGGCUUGGGGAAACUUUUUUUAAAUUGUUAACAAAUCUCUAGCCACAACAUGUAUACUGGCAAAAAAAAGAAAAUAGACAAAAAUAGCACAGAAGUUCUGUUACUUGACAAAAAACAAGAUCCAUUAUUUUACGAAACUACACUGUGACCAAGUCAUUGUUGUUUUUUCUUUUCAAUCUCUGUGCUUACUGUUUAAAUCUGCUGCUGCUGUAUAUUGGCGUUGUCUGCUGUCAACUGAACAGGAGCUGUACUGAUCAAAACAUCCUGUGUGUGAAGUGCUUAAUAUUAAUAUUAAAGCAAGUUUAAC